AAUCAUUUUAACACUAUUCUUAAACAGUUGAAUCAACUUAAUAUUUAGUAAAAUAAAAAGACAACGUUAAAAUAAUCAGUAUAUGUGGUUUUAACUUAAAAUAUUGUAGAAUCACACAAUGUCUUUUAUUUCUACAAUAAUUUACAUAGAAUCUAUUAUCGAUAUCUUAAAUCAAACUAACAAACUCAUUUUGAUUAAAUUAUAUUUGAAACUCUAUCAUGCAGCAUGUUAGAAUACAAUAUAUAAAUUUAGAUUUAACAAUAAUAAUAAUUAUUUGUUCUAACACAGGCACACAUAUAAUUAUAUGCAAUCAAUAUUUUUAACAAUCCAUUUAUAAUAGCAUGAGUGAUGUGAAAUUAUAUACAGUCAUGAACAUGGAAAUGUACAAGUUUGCAUAGAACUAUAGAUAUUAGAGGACCUAGAAACUAAAAUGAAAUUGUGGGCGUGGCUAUGCUAAGUCUAAGAUUGCGCAUGCUCAGUAGAUCUAGAUCUGUGAAACCAUGUGCUCCAAGAAAAGAGAAGACACCCUUACUGGACAUUUGCUGCUAUAAAUCUGACCGUGAUGAUACUUCUGUGAGAGGUAUGACUGUGACUACACCAAGUGGAUGAUGAUACUUCUAGUUCUGUGAGAAGUGAGGGACAGACAUGAAAUGUUCUCAACAGUAUAAUUAUAAGGCUUUAAUAGGUAUGACUGUGACUACACCAAGUGGAUGAUGAUACUUCUGUGAGAGGUGAGGGACAAACAUAAAGUGUCUAGUUUUCUGGUGAACACUGUCACUGUCAAUAUACCUCUAAGCAUAUACUUUUUCCUACAGAAAUUCCUUAAACUGGCAAGCUUGACAUGCGAGAACAAACGAAACAAACAGACGAAUGGAUAGAAGUGGUUGGAUAUCCUCUCGGUGGACUCUGCGUGGUCAAGAGUGAUCGGUCUGCUAUACUUGUGAGUCCAGUAUGUUACACCAAGAAGAACUAUUCCUUGGGCUAAUUAAUUUAAAACUGUCCUUCUAAUUUAACAUUGUAUACUAUUGUCUCACUCAGUUGUCACGAACGUUUCCUAUCACUAUUUUUGUAUUAACAUGUUAUUUAUUGAAUUGAAUAAUAAUUGUUAUACCGAUUCAUUUGUAAAUCGUUGUUUUAGGAAUUUAUUUAGCUAUAAUGAGCCUUAUUUAUUAUAAUAAGUAUUUUCUUAAUGGUUGUUUUAAUGUAUGGCUUAAGUAUAAAACACAAUAGUUUUAACCUAGCAAUAAUAAUGUUAAAACUACAUUAAUUUUUUCUGUAGUGUACACAGUGGCUCUUGCCGAUGUCUACGUCGGCCUCAGUGAUGAAGAAUCACUUGGCCUUGCUUCAAGGCACAACGACAAUUCGCAUUUUGUUCACCAAGUUACACACCGCGAUCUGGUAGAAGCUUGUCGCUCUCGACUAUAUGCAUUGAAUGACAUAGAUCUCUCGAUGGAAACCCCAGCCCAGUCGCAAGAUUGGAAAACCUCUUGCGAGAUGGCUAUUGUCCCAAAGGAUAUAUCCCACACACAUAAGGAUAAUGUAUUCUCUCAAGCCAGCUUACGUAAGCAAGUGUGGGACCUGGUAGUUCAGGUAAGGGACCUGUUCAAGCAGUCGAAACUAAAGGCACAAAAGCUAAGAAUGUCGACACUAUUACAGAAGCCCGAAUUUAAGCAGAACUACUUGGCACCUAUUCAAACUCUGCCAAUUAGCGAUCAGUGUUUACUACUGCAAAAAGUGAUAGCUGGGGAAACCUCUCUGAUCGAGCUGCAGACUGCUGCUACUCAUUUAAAGCUGAAAGCAGCUCUGAAAACAGCAUUUGCAAAGCUAACAAAUGUUGAGUCAUGGGAUCAAGCUAUUGACAAAUUUCCCGCUUUUGCUACUGACGAUCAGCUGAAUCGAUUUCUUGGCAUCGACAUUCGAAAAACAAUUCCGAAAGCUUUCGUUAGUUUCUGCCAGCGGGCAAAAAGCUAUUUAGCUGACGACGCAUCACCAGCUUCCAGUAUUAUCGUCAAUGGUGCAUCUGUGAAUGUUUUGGUAACAGAUAUUUCAGUAAUUUCGGGAAAUAUGAUCAGAAAGGCAAACCUGUCUUUUGAAGGGGCCCACCUAGUUAUAACAUCACACAGUGAGAAUAUGGAGAGUAUCGCAUACACCAUAAAAGAGAUCAAUGCCUUUUUAGGUUGUUACAUGUAUGUAGUUGCCUGUGUAUGUCCUUUUGACGCCCAACAGACAACAAUGAACACAUGGAGGCGUACUUUUGGAAAAGCUGAAGUGCUGUUUUUUGCUAACACCAGUAUAGCAAAAGCAAGCACCACUACAUACCUUACAUACCUUACACCCUGCGUGGAGGCUGUAGUUGUUGCUUUUUUCACCCCGGCAGUAGACGCUUCAGCCAAGGAGAUGCUAGACUAUCCACCCAAUGACCACAGACUAAACUUUGUAGAUGGCGACUCAGCCUGUCUUUAUGAAUAUCUCAUUUCUCACUUGUGUGUGGCUGGGUCUACGGUGCUAGACAUUACUAGCGGAAAUGAGAAAGAGCUAAUAAUCGUACACAGCCGUUACUCUGGGGAGGAAUAUAGUACCGUCUCAAGAUAACCAGCAAGCUAUUUAUCGGAAAGUAGCAUCACUGCUACCUGCAACUGAUACUGCUUAAGUGCUAUUUAUCGGCUACCUGCAACAUUGCUUAAUUAAGUUCAUAUCUUAGUAUUGUUACACCCCAUUAUACGUAUGACUUUAAGGUUAGGGUUCAGCU